AUGGCCUCCUGUUACUUCUCCAGCAGGGAGGCCUCGCUGCUGCGCAAAGAUUCGACCCACAGCACCGACAGCUGUGUCUCGGGCCAGCAGUCGGGCUACGAGAGCGGCGGCACGGCUGUGACGACGCCAAUGUCCGAGCAACCGCCAUGCAAGCUGUGUCUUGGCCGCAGCAUCAGCCCCGAUACGCUGAGCAGCUCGCUCUGCACGAUCGCGGCGCCGCCCACGCGCAACAUCUGCUUUGUUGGCGCCGGUUUCGUCGGCGGGCCCACGGCUGCCCUGAUAGCCUUGCACAAUUCCGAAAUUGCCGUUCAUGUGGUCGACCUGAAUGCGGCUCGCAUCGCGGUCUGGAACUCGUCCCAUCUGCCGGUGCACGAGACUGGCCUGUCCAAGGUUGUGCGCAUCGCCCGCGACGGCACACGCGCGGCUGCAGCAGACCGCCUGCCGGCCCGCGAGCCCAACCUGGUCUUCUCGACCGACGUGGCCGCCCAGGUGGCCAUGGCCGACAUUGUGUUUAUCUGCGUCAACACGCCGACGAAGAGGUACGGUGUCGGGGCCGGUGCCAGUGCUGAUCUCGGCUACUUUGAGGCCGCCACGGUGACGAUUGCCAAGAACGUAAAGCCGGGCGCGAUCGUGGUCGAGAAGAGCACGGUUCCAUGUGGGACAGCCCGGAUGAUAGCAUCGAUUCUUGAACAAUAUCGCCCGCGCGAGCACUUUGAGGUGCUCAACAAUCCCGAGUUCCUGGCCGAGGGCACGGCCGUGGCCGACCUGGUACACCCCGACCGGAUCCUGAUUGGAAGCGCCAAGACGGCUGGUGGAAUGCGGGCAGCCGUCGUGCUCAAGGCCGUGUACGCGGCCUGGGUGCCGGCCGAGCGACUGCUGGGCGUCGACACGUUCAGCAGCGAGCUGGCCAAGCUGAUUGCGAAUGCGAUGUUGGCCCAGCGCAUCAGCAGCGUCAAUGCGGUCAGCGCGCUCUGCGAGGAGCUGGGAGCUGACGUCGAGGCCGUGAGCAUUGCUCUGGGAGCCGACUCGCGCAUCGGCAGCCGCUUCCUGCAGGCCGGCAUCGGCUUUGGCGGCUCCUGCUUCGAAAAGGACAUCCGCAACGUCGCGUACCUGGCCCGCGCCCUCCGGCUCGACGAGGUGGCCGACUACUGGAUGGCCGUGCUGCAGAUCAACGCAUUCCAGCGAGAGCGCUUUGCCCGGGCUCUCGUCCGCCGUCUGCACGGCUCCCUGGCCGCCAAGAAGAUUGCCAUCUUCGGCUUCGCCUUCAAGCACGGCACCAACGACACGCGCAACAGCGUGGCCGUGCACGUCAUCGCCCAGCUCGCCGCCGAGAUCCCGCGUGAGAUCGCCGUGUUCGACCCCGGCUGUGCCGUUGCCGACAUCGAGGCUGAGAUCCGCGCCGUCGUCUCGGACCCGUUGCAACGCAGCCGCAUACGCGUCUAUGCCGACUGGCCCGAGGCUGUCGCCGGCGCCUCAGCCAUCUGCAUCCUCACGGCCUGGGAACACUUUGGCAUGUCCAAGGAGGCCAAGUCUGAGGAGGCGCCAGCAAGCAGAGCGUCCCUCUCCUUGGAUCAGCUGCCAGAGACCCUUUCCGAGAUGGACGUCGUUCGGCUCGAGCAGCUUCACGGCGACAACCUCGAUCCCCUCCACCGGCUACUGCCCGAGCCAGGCUGUGCCCAGAACUGCGUCCACUGCACGGCCGCCGACAGCAUGUCCGAAGCCAGUCCGGUCAACUGGGAGGCCGCCGCCGCGGCCAUGGACGAGUCGCGCUGGGUUUUUGACGGCCGGAACGUCGUCGAUGCCGAGUACCUCGAAAGCCUCGGCUUCAAAGUCCACAGCAUUGGUCGAGGAUAUCCGAUGCCAUAG